AAUAGAAAUUAGUUUCAGAGAGAAAUUCUGGUGGAAAAUUUCUGUUCACAUAUUUUCUUCCCAGACUCUUUGGAGCUUUCCUUCUCUCCUCAAAGUGGGCUUACAGUCUUACACACACUCUCUCUCUCUCUCUCUCUCUCUCUACCACGAGCCCUUCUGUUUGUCUCGUCUCUCCUCUCUUCGUGAGUUUCAGAGCCAUGGCUUUUGCUCAGAAAGCCACAGUUAUUCUCUUAUUGGUUAUGGUUUCCUUGGAUUUCUCCAUGACUGCUGUGUAUAAGGUUGGGGAUUCUACUGGCUGGACAACUCUUGGCAACUAUAACUAUACUGCCUGGGCUCUCAGUAAGACCUUCCGUGUUGGGGAUAUCAUCGUUUUCGAGUACCACAAGGAUAGACACAAUGUGUUGCGAGUGACACAACCAAACUUCCAAGCCUGCAAUGCUUCAUUCCCGCAGGUCACAUACAACUCUGGCAAUGACUCUAUUCUCAUCAACAAGACUGGCCAUCACUACUUCAUCUGCGGCUUUCCCGGACAUUGCCCGAUUGGACAAAAGGUUGAUAUCCACAUCCCCAAUAAAUCCUCUGUAGCCACGGCUCCUUUUGGUUCUCCUGUUGCUUCUCCCACUCCGAAGAGCAGUGCUCCUUAUCCAUCCAAGGGGCUUCUGGGUAAUCUUGGGAUGGCUGUGUUGGCCUUAUGUUUUUGUGUUUCUGUGUUUGUUUACUAUUAGAGUUAGGGAUAUUCUGUUAUCCUAUUGGGUUUUAUAUGGGGAGAACGUUUCUGUUGCUUUAGUUUUGGGAUUGUAAUAAUACUGAACAUGGUAGGUGUAUUCUUUUUCCACUUAAUACCAGUUUUUUGUUUGUGAAUUGAA